GGCGGCGCCGCUUCCUCUGCCCGGCCCCCCCCCCACACACACACCUCGCUCCGCGCCGUCCGCGGGGAGCGAGGCAGGGCCGCCGGCCCCCAGCAUGGACAGCAAACCGCUGCUGCAGGAGCGGCCCCCCGCCUACAGCCCCGCCGCGCCGCCGGGCGCGCCGGGGUACGACUACGGGCACGGCAACUACGGCGCCAUCCCCGCCCCGCAGCCCGGCUACCAGCCACCCCCGCCGUACCCCUACCCGGGCGCCGCGCCCGCCGCAGGGUAUGCUGUUCCUCCACCGACAUCACAGCCCAACUAUUCGAGCACGUACACCAUUAUUCAACAGCCUGCUACCACCACUUCUGUGGUAGUAGUUGGUGGCUGUCCUGCCUGCAGGGUUGGCGUGUUGGAGGACACCUUCACCUGUCUUGGUGUUUUGUGUGCCAUUGUAUUCUUUCCAAUUGGGAUUCUGUUCUGCCUUGCACUGAGGCAGAGAAGAUGCCCUAAUUGUGGGGCAGCUUUUGGCUGAGGGGAUGAAGGUGGACGUGCUUACGGAAGCUACAACUGUUAGCGUACUCUUUCUAAUGUAAAUGUCAUGUACAAUCAUGUUAUUUGCUUCAGACCUGUUUUGUAAAGUGUGAAGAAAUUUAGUCUCUCUUGCAUGUAAUUUAAACUUAAUCUUUUAUGAGCAUGUGCAUUGCAAAACAUGAAAACCUGACUUGUUUUCCAUGUUUAGUGGCACCUGUUGAAAACUAAAUAAAACUGCUUUUCCUUUUGCAAUCCUCAA